UGGUGGGAGAGGCCGGAAGUGUAGCGAGCAUAGUAGUGUGUCGGUGCUCAGGAUGGGGAUUGUGGUGUACAUCACAACGGUGACCGGUUCCCGGGAGAUCAAAUCACAACAAUGUGAACUAAUGCGGAUCCUGGACAGUAAGAACAUAAAGUAUGAAACGAUAGACAUCUCUGUGGAUAACAAUAUCCGGGAGGAAAUGAGGCAGAAGGCUGGGGACCCCAAAGCUUUUCCACCCCAGGUCUUCAAUGGGGACAAGUAUUGUGGGGACUUUCCAAAGUUUUCCGCUGCCGUAGAAGAGGAUAUUCUGGAUAGUUUUCUUGCUGCUUAAAGACUACACCGAGGCUCUCGCUAUCAUCAACUCAUUCCUCAUCUACUGAACCUCAGUUACUGGGUUUAUCUUUUACUGAUGCAUUUUUUUUUUUCUUGUCCAACCUCCAUGUGACCAAUUAUUUUUAUCAUUCCUGUAAACUACUUCAUAUAACAUUCCAAAUCAUUAUUUUAUUCAUUCCUGGGAUACUGGAAGUAUGAAAACCCUUUAAUAUUUUGCCAUAUGUUACUUUGCUUUCUUUCCCUUCCUGGCAAUUUAAAGGGUCUCGCCACCCCCUUAGCACAACAUUUCUGGACUCAUUCCAUGUUUUUCCUGCCAAAGAGGAAGUGAAAAAGUCUUCCACCUUACAAAUAAACAGCUGUUAAAGGGA